GAUUCGAGUCAGAUUUUUCUUCGCACGACUUUGGCACGAGGUGUAAUUUUCAUGUUUUGAAUGUUUAACUUUUGUUUUAAGACAAAUACGAUAAACCAGGAUUUAAUAUUCAAGAAAUUGGUUAAUGUUUUUUAAAAAUUGCAAUGUUUGAAGUGUUGUCAUUCCUAUUCUGAAUAAUAGACAUUAAUCUAUGGGGGAUUUUUUCUCGUGGAUUAUUGAAGUUUCCAAGAACUGUCAUGAACAUUGGAGGUGUGUGUGGCGAGGGAGCAGGGGAGGUGGCACUGAUAGCUGAUGACUUGAGCCGUGCUGUGGAGCUCACUCUGAACCCUAAUGUGUCACAGGAUGCCCGCAACCAGGCCUACAUAGCAUGUGAAAGCUUCAAAGAAAACUCACCAUGGUGUGCUCAAGCAGGCCUGCUCCUAGCUAGCGGCAACCAGUACUCUGCUGUUGUAAAACAUUUUGGCCUGCAGCUCAUGGAGAACACAGUCAAGUACAAAUGGCCUCAGAUUACACAAGCAGAAAAAAUAUUUAUCAAGGAAAAUGCUAUGAAGCUUUUAUACUUGGGUGGCUGGGAGAUUGGGCACCUGAACGAUGCUCUGGCGCGCGUCAUCGUGGAGAUGAUAAAGCGGGAAUGGCCCCAGCAGUGGCCGACAUUGCUUGGGGAAUUAAGUGAUGCUUGUGCCAGGGGACACCCUCACACACAGAUUGUGUUGCAUGUAUUCUUGCGAUUGGUUGAGGAUGUUGCUACUCUACAGACGUUAGAGCAGAACCAGCGAAGGAAGGACAUCUACCAAGCGCUCACUAGCAACAUGUCUGAAAUCUUCGCGUUUUUCAUGCGUCUCAUUGAACUCCACGUUCAGGAGUUUAGGGAGAAGACCGCGGCCGGGGACUACGCGGCGGCGGCCAGCAAUGGACGGGUUGUACAAGUAGUACUGCUGACAUUGACCGGCUUCGUGGAGUGGGUGUCCAUCAACCACGUGGUAACAAACAAUGGUCGCCUGCUCGAGAUCCUGUGUUUUCUGCUGCAAGACGACGCGUUCCAGCUCUCAGCUGCGGAGUGUCUCUUGCAAAUAGUCAAUAGGAAGGGCUCUACUAAGGAGCGAAAACCACUUAUGAUAUUAUUUAGCGAAGAGGCGAUCAGGUGCAUUCACCGUGCAGCUGUCGCCAGCAUCAGCAUGGUUGAUGAGAAUCAUUAUUUGUUCCUAAAGAAGUUGUCGCAGGUUUUAGCCGGUCUCGGCCAACAACUGACCACGUUAUGGAGUAACGCUACCAACGUGGAAGCCUGGAUGCCGGUGUUGCUCGAAACCUUACUCCUUUUGAGCCAGCACCCAUCUUUAUGCAUCGUGCACACUACAAACAGCGUGUGGCUGGCGUUCUUCAAGCACGAGCAGAUAUCCAAACUGCCGCAGUUGCUGGCCAUCGUGCCCAGGUGGCUGCAGGCUUCCGCUCCGAAACUGCUCAAGGUGACUUACCCGUCGUCGCGAGUGAGUGGCGUGAAUGAUGCUGUAGCGUACGCCUGUAUCGACUACGACAGCGAACAGGAGUUUGCAGUGUUCUUCAGCAGAUGUCGCACGGAAAUAUUGGAGAGUUUUAGACAUUGCAUGUCGGCCGCGUCGCUGGUGACGUGGUCGUUCGUGGAGCAGUGGACGCGCGCGGCGCUGGACAAGGUGGCCGCGUGCCCGCCCGACGCGGACGCCGCCCACCCGCUGCACGUCGAGUGGGAAGCUCUCUCGCAGGUGUUGGACGUAGUGCUGUCUCGUUUGCUACAAGCGGAACCUCGUCCCAACGUAGUGGAAGGGCUGCAGCUGCUGCAGCGCUGUGUGUCGUGCAGCCCGGCCGCGCCGCUCAUACUGUCGCUGCUGCUGUCUCUGAUAUCGGCGCUGUUCGUGUUCCUCAGCUGUGCCUACAGCCAACUGGCGGGUCCAGGAGUAGGAGUGGCCGGAGCUGAUCUUCUUCCGCGAGUUCUGGACAAGAUUUUCGCAGCGUUAGUGUACGAGGGCCGGGCGCCGCACGACAGGCGCUCGCGGCAGGUCAAGAACGUCAGGCGCCACGCCGCCGGGCUGCUGGUCAAGCUGGGCUAUAAGUACCCGCUUCUCCUGCUGCCCGUAUUCCCUCGUCUACACGAACUAUGUCGAUCAGCGUUAGCUCGCCCCGACCUCAGUGCAGUGGAGAGUGUGACGAUACAAGAAGCUCUGCUCCUCGUGUCCAACCACUUCUGUUGCUACGAGCGACAGAGCGCGCUUGUAGCUGAGGUGCUGGGCGACUGCGGCGCGCGCUGGGCCGCGCUGGCGCCGCACGUGGGCAGCGCGGCGGCGCUGGCGCAGCUGGUGGGGCUGGCGGCCGCGCCCGCGCCCGCGCCCGCGCCCGACGCGGCCGGCGACUCGCGCCGCACGCUGCUGCACGCGCUCACGCUCACGCUGGGCGUCGUCAAGCGCGCCAUGGUGCCCUCCGACCCCGACAAAGCGUCAAGAGGCGGCUUCAGCGCCGGCGUCACAGCGUCCGGGAAUCCAAUAUGGCGGAACCCUUGCGGCUCCCACGUCCUACCCCUAUUCCCACAUGCCCUUUCCCUCUGUCGAUCCCUCCACGACCUCCACUUACCCUCCGCAGCCGGUCUUAUACACCCCGGCCACGCCAAAGCUUUGACCCCGCCGAUGGCAGAACUAAAGAACUUAUUGGGCCCGAGAGACCCGGAAAUUUCGGCCGUAGCGACUACGCCACAGGAUCGGAUGCAAAACUUCUUGCAUACGCUACAUGAUAAUGUGUGCCACCUGGUGGGCGCGGCGGCCGCCAACCUCGGGCGCGAGCUGUACUCGGCGCCGGGCCUCGCCAAGUACCUCGUCGGCUCGCUGCUGCACGGCCUGCCCGCGCUGCCCGACCACUGGCUGCGCCCGAUACUGCGCAACGCGCUCAAACCGCUGCUGGGGCACUGUCCGCCCGCGCACAGGGCGGACGUGGCACUGCCACUGCACGAACACGUCGCGCCGUGCAUGCUAAUGCAUUUAUCUCAGCGCUGGGAUUACAUCACAUCACUGUAUGAGUCAGGGAAGCUGGAAGAGGAAGGCGGCAGUGAGUCACAGGAAGUGUUGGAGGACAUCAUGGUGAGGCAUCUCACCAGGGAAUACUUGGAGGUUUUGAAGAUCUCGCUAGUGGACUCCCCGUUGAUAGCGGAGAGCCUCGCUAACACGAACGAGGCCGGCAUGGAAGAAGAUCCACUACCGCCUAACGUGAGGCAGCCCGAUACUGUGUCCGAGUUGGGGGCUGCCUUGCUACAGAAUCCCGUUGCUGGGCCCGCCAUAUUGCACACGGUUCUCCGCGCGCUGGUGUGGAACGACUCGAUCUCGUCGCUGCGCGCGUGCGCGCUGGCGCUGCCGCUGCUGCGCGGCGCGCUGGCGGCCGGUCGCGUGGGCGCGGGCGAGGCGGGCGGCGCGCUGGCGGCCGCGCUGGCGGCGCUGCGCACGCACGGCCAGCACGACGCCAACCAGGCCGCGCUGCUCGCGCUCGCCCUGCAGGCUUAUGAGAUCCUCCGGCCGCGAUUCCCUGGCGUGGCCAACUUGCUCCGCGAGAUUCCCGACGUGGACGAGCACGACCUGCAGCGGCUCGACGACAAGCUGUGCGCGCAGGCCGGCAAGCCCAGCAAGAUUGACAAGAGCAAGCGAGAUCUCUUCAAGAAGAUCACCGCUAAGCUGAUCGGUCGGAACGUAGGCCAGCUGUUCAGGAAAGAAGUGUUCAUCCUGAACUUGCCGGCGAUGCCGCCCGCCAAGGAGAAGCCGCGCAGCGCCGUGGACGCGCCCGAGGGCGCCGGGCUCGAGGGCUUGUUCGCCCACGGCGCCACGUAGCCAUAUCUACCCGCAAUACUAUAUGUACUCGCCUGUGAAUAUUAAAUUAUGUUAACGCCA